AUGUGGGCCGCGGCCCCUCUCCUGCUGCUGCUGCUGCUGCCGCUGCCGCCGCUGCUGCUGCUGCUGCUGGCGCGCCGUUGGCGGCGGGAGGCGGUCGCGCUGGAACCGGCCGGCCGGGCCGUGCUCAUCACCGGCUGCGACAGCGGCUUCGGGCACCUGCUGGCGCUGCGCCUGCACCGCCUCGGCUUCACCGUGUUCGCCGGUUGCCUCUGCCCCGGCGGGGAGGGGGCGCGGCGGCUGCAGCGGGAGGCGGCGGCGGAUGCCGGGCGGAUGCGCGUCCUGCGGCUCGAUGUCACCCGCGGACGCGACGUGCUGGCCGCCAAGGAGCUGGUGCUCAGCCACCUGCCCGAGCGAGGUUUUUGGGGGCUUGUGAACAAUGCAGGAAUUUCAACAUUUGGUGAGACGGGGUGGCUGUCAAUGGAGAAAUAUGAGAAGUUUGCGGAUGUGAAUCUUCUUGGGAGCAUCAGGACAACCCUGGCAUUUCUUCCUCUGCUAAGGAAAUACAAGGGACGCAUUGUUUUCAUGUCCAGCAUCAUUGCCUAUUUUACUCUGGGAAAUGGCAUUUAUUCUAUGACCAAGGCAGCUAUUGAAAAAUUCUGUGAUGCUCUAAGACUGGAAAUGAAGAAGUUUGGCGUCCAGGUCUGUAUUAUUCAGCCAGGAAAUUAUGCACGAUCUACAAAAAUUCAGCCACCAGUCAGCGCCGAAGAAAUCUGGAAUGAACUCAGUGAAGAGGAAAAGGCAGUUUACAAUAAGGAGUACGUUCAGGAGCGGGCAGACUUUUUCAACAACAUUCUUAGCAAAGGAAGCACAAAUGGCAAUGAGGUUGUAGAUGCAAUGGUAGAUGCUCUCAUGUCUCCUGCACCCAAGGCACGUUACAUGGUAGCAAAGCUGAAAGAAAAAGCACUGGUGUUUGUAUGUGCUUUAUUCCCAACUGUUGUGAUGGAUUCUGUUUUGUCUUAUGCACUGAGUAAAGUAAAACUUGCAUAG